AUGUUCUCUCUCUCUCCUUGUAUUCUGCGAACAACCACGACCUUGCCUCAACAGGUCGUCCUUGUUGUUGUGCGCCGUUCGCUCAUUCCGUAUCUCAUGGCUGUUGAGAAUGGUGCAUCUUCGAAUCCACCUAGUAAUACAGAAGUUGACUUGGUCGGUGGACCUUUUGCCGUCGUUGAGUCUGAUCCAGGGGUAUUCACCACAUUAAUACGCAAGUUAGGAAUAAAAGGCAUAGAAGUCGAAGAGGUUUAUGAUAUUCAACCCUGGGGCCUUGAUCAUCUCAAGCCAAAGGGCCUUAUAUUAUGCUUCAAUUGGAAACAUGACAAAUAUCACCCUCACGACUUCCUUGAUCCUGCUGCGAAGGACAUUUGGUUUGCUAACCAACUCGUGGAUGAUGCGUGUGCAUCUUUGGCUAUCUUGAAUGUGUUGUUCAACUGCCUGGAUGUUGAACUCGGUGAUGAACUCAAUGGCUUUAGGCGGGAAACAUCUGAUAUGAGUCCAAAGAUGAAAGGUUUGGCCAUCUCAAAUUCACGUUUACUCCGAGAAACACAAAACUCCCUAGCAAGACCAUCAGAUAUGUGGGGUUCCAUAAGCGCCAUCGCGGAAGCAACCCACAAGCUUCACGCUGACCUCAACAAACGACCGAAGAAAAAAGCCAAAGGCAGGCAUGGGUGGAGUACCGUCAACCAACGACCAGUCAACUCCAAGAAACGAAAGCUCGAAGAAACAGACACGGAGACUUUCCAUUUUAUCGGCUACGUCCCAGCCCAUGGCAAAGUCUGGGAACUCGACGGCUUGAAAUCUGGUCCUCUUGAAGUCGGGGAGUUACCAAAACCAGAUAGCACCGAGGGUUGGGAGAACGUCGUGAGACCUGCUCUUCGGUUGAAGAUGCAGAAGUAUGGUGCUUUUGGAGGUGUUAAAGCGGCUGCUGAAAACAUCCAGUUCAACCUUCUUGCCCUUGUCCAGGACCGAUACGAGAUCAAAAGUGAUGAGUUGGAGCUGCUUAAGCGAGAGAAAAUCGCGCUUGAGAGUCGGAUGAAAGAAACCUAUGGCGAGACGUGGUCUCAAAAGGUCGACGAGGACUUGCUAUCCGGUUCUCAGGACGUCUUCACCACCCUGGCUCAAGCAUCCGAACCUGAGAAGACGUUCGCUAAAGACUUCGGCUCACGGGCGAUGGAACAGAAAUUACUUAUUUUGAACAUGCCUACAGAAGAACUUGUCGAAGCUUGGCAAUCAUGUAUAACCCGUGCAAUGCCUAUCAAAAUUGCGAUCGACGAGGAGGUACAAAAAGCUAUUAGCGCUCAGACGGAAACAGUGAAACGGACACACGACUAUACACCUUUCAUACGGGAAUUCCUCACCUCGCUGCAUAAUGAGGGGCUUCACCGAAUAUAUUCGUGAGAAAGACGAAUAGAAAGGCGAAUUCCAUAAAUGGGUAGAAUCUGUAAGAAGC